AUGGUCAGCUCCCAUUGUGGCUCCAUCUGCUCUGACCAGAGCUGUGGCCGAAGUCUCUGCCAGGAGACCUGCUGCCAGCCCAGCUGCUGCCAGACCACCUGCUGCAGGACCACCUGCUGCCGCCCCAGCUGUGGUGUGUCCAGCUGCUGCCGGCCAGUCUGCUGCCAGCCCACCUGCUCUCGCCCCACCUGCUGCAUCUCUAGCUGCUGCCGCCCCUCCUGCUGUGUUUCCAGCUGUGGUUCCAGCUGCUGCAGGCCUACCUGCUGCAUCUCCAGCUGCUGCAGGCCCCAGUGCUGCCCGCCUGUCUGCUGCCAGCCCACCUGCCCUCGCCCCACUUGCUGCAUCUCUAGCUGCUGCCGCCCCUCCUGCUGUGGGUCCAGCUGUGGUUCCAGCUGCUGCAGGCCUACCUGCUGCAUCUCCAGCUGCUGCAGGCCCCAGUGCUGCCAGCCUGUCUGCUGUCAGCCCACCUGCCCUCGCCCCACCUGCUGCAUCUCUAGCUGCUACUGCCCUUCCUGCUGUGGUUCCAACUGCUGCAGGCCUACCUGCUGCAUCUCCAGCUGCUGCAGGCCCCGCUGUUGCCAGUCUGUGUGCUGCCAGCCCACCUGCUCCCGCAUCUCCAGCUGCUGCCGCCCGAGCUGCUGCCUGCGCCCAGUGUGUGGCCGGGUCUCCUGCCACACCACUUGCUAUCGGCCCACCUGUGUCAUCUCCACCUGCCCCCGCCCCGUGUGCUGCCCCUCCUCUUGCUGCUGA